GCCGCCGCCAGCGCUGGGUCCCGGUGCGGAGCUGAGCCAGCGCCGUCCUCCUCGCCCCGCUCUCUCCUUCGCCCCCGGAGCGUUGUCCUCGCCCGGCUUCUCCCCACCCAGCCCUCCGCUGCUGCCGAGCUCAGCCCCGAUAGAUGGAGACAGGCCCCGCCACCACCGACGCCGAACCACGAGCAGGAGCUGCCCGGCGCGAGGAGAGCCAGAGUCGGCGCCGAGACCCAGCCCGGCCCUGAGGAGAAUGUCCCAGAAAUCCUGGAUAGAAAAUACUUUCACCAAGAGGGAGUGUGUGUAUAUUAUACCAAGUUCAAAAGACCCCCACAGAUGCCUUCCAGGAUGUCAGAUUUGUCAGCAACUUGUCAGGUGCUGCUGCGGCCGCUUAGUCAGACAACAUGCUUGUUUUACUGCAAGUCUUGCUAUGAAAUACUCCGAUGUGAAGCUGGGUGAAAACUAUAAUCAGGAAAUAGAAGAAUGGUCAGUGGAAAAACACACAGAACAGACCUCUACUGAUGCUUAUGGUGUCAUCAACUUUCAAGGUGGCUCUCAUUCUUACAGGGCUAAGUAUGUGCGAUUGUCAUAUGACACUAAGCCUGAGGCUAUUCUGCAACUUAUGCUUAAAGAAUGGCAGAUGGAGUUGCCAAAGCUUGUUAUAUCUGUACAUGGGGGCAUGCAGAAAUUUGAACUUCACCCACGCAUCAAACAGUUGCUUGGCAAAGGUCUUAUUAAAGCUGCAGUAACAACAGGAGCCUGGAUUAUAACUGGAGGAGUGAACACAGGUGUUGCAAAACAUGUUGGUGAUGCUCUAAGAGAACAUGCUUCCAGAUCAUCUCGAAAGAUUUGCACUAUUGGGAUUGCUCCGUGGGGAGUCAUUGAAAACAGAAACGACCUUGUAGGAAGAGAUGUGGUUGCUCCAUAUCAAACCUUGUUAAACCCAUUAAGUAAACUAAAUGUCCUAAAUAACCUCCAUUCCCAUUUCAUUCUGGUGGAUGAUGGAACAGUUGGAAAGUAUGGAGCCGAAGUUAAAUUGCGGAGAGAACUGGAAAAAACUAUUAAUUUGCAACGAAUCCAUGCAAGAAUUGGCCAAGGUGUGCCUGUGGUGGCACUUGUGUUUGAAGGUGGCCCCAACGUCAUACUGACAGUUUUAGACUUCCUUCAAGAAAGUCCUCCCGUGCCGGUGGUGGUAUGUGAAGGAACGGGUAGAGCUGCAGACAUACUGGCCUAUGUUCACAAGCAAACAGAGGAGGGAGGGAAUGUUCCUGAGGGUGCUGAGCCUGAAAUAAUUUCAACCAUCAAAAAGACAUUUAACUUUGGUCAAAGUGAAGCAGUUCAUUUGUUUCAGACGCUGCUGGAAUGCAUGAAAAAAAAAGAACUUAUUACGGUUUUUCAUAUUGGGUCAGAUGAACAUCAGGACAUUGAUGUUGCAAUACUCACAGCAUUGUUAAAAGGCACAAAUGCAUCGGCAUUUGACCAGCUUGUUCUUACACUUGCGUGGGAUAGAGUUGACAUAGCCAAAAAUCAUGUUUUUGUUUAUGGACAACAAUGGCUGGUUGGCUCUCUGGAGCAGGCCAUGUUAGAUGCCCUUGUGAUGGAUAGAGUUGCAUUUGUGAAACUUCUGAUUGAAAAUGGAGUAAGCAUGCACAAAUUUCUUACAAUUCCCAGGCUGGAAGAACUUUAUAACACAAAACAGGGGCCAACUAACCCAACACUCUUUCAUCUUGUUCGGGAUGUCAAACAGGGAAAUCUUCCUCCAGGAUAUAAAAUCAACUUGAUUGAUGUGGGGCUGGUUAUUGAAUACCUGAUGGGAGGAACCUAUAGAUGCACCUAUACAAGAAAACGCUUUAGAGCUAUAUACAAUAGUCUCAGUGGAAGCAACAGGCGAUCUGGGCGAAAUCCUUCAAGUACUACUCCUCAGAUGUGUAAAAGCCAUGAGUCUUUUGGUAACAGAGCAGACAAGAAAGAAAAAAUGCGUCAUAAUCACUUCAUCAAAACAGCGCAGCCGUACAAACCAAAGAUUGACACUGGUGCAGAAGAGGGAAAAAAGAAAAGAACCAAAGAUGAAAUAGUAGACAUAGAUGAUCCUGAAACAAGACGUUUUGCUUAUCCUCUCAACGAGCUGUUACUUUGGGCGGUGUUAAUGAAGAGGCAGAAGAUGGCCCUCUUCUUCUGGCAGCACGGGGAGGAGUCCAUGGCAAAAGCUUUAGUUGCUUGCAAAGUGUAUCGUUCAAUGGCAUAUGAAGCAAAACAAAGUGACCUUGUUGAUGAUACAUCCGAAGAACUGAAACAGUAUUCCAACGAGUUUGGUCAACUGGCAGUUGAACUGUUAGAACAGUCCUUCCGACAAGAUGAAACAAUGGCAAUGAAACUACUAACCUAUGAGCUUAAAAAUUGGAGCAAUUCAACUUGUCUGAAGCUAGCAGUGUCAUCAAGGCUUCGUCCAUUUGUAGCACAUACUUGUACACAGAUGUUGUUAUCAGAUAUGUGGAUGGGAAGGCUGAACAUGAGGAAGAAUUCAUGGUACAAAGUGAUACUGAGUAUUUUACUCCCUCCUGCUAUACUGCUGUUGGAAUAUAAGACCAAGGCUGAAAUGUCACAUAUUCCUCAAUCUCAAGAUGCACAUCAAAUGGCAAUGGAUGACAGUGAAAACAACUUCCAGAAUGCAGCAGAUGAAAUACCAAUGGAGGUGUUUAAAGAAGUAAGGAUCUUGGACAGUACUUUUGAAAAGCAUGAUAUGGAGACUCCAGCAAAACCUAAAAGACUUCCAAUAACACAGAAAUUUUAUGCAUUUUAUCAUGCACCAAUUGUGAAGUUUUGGUUUAAUACGUUGGCAUACUUAGGAUUCCUUAUGCUCUACACAUUUGUGGUUCUUGUAAAAAUGGAAGAAUUGCCAUCCGUCCAGGAGUGGAUUGUUAUUGCUUACAUUUUCACAUCAGCAAUUGAGAAAAUUCGUGAGAUUUUUAUGUCAGAGGCUGGGAAGAUUAAUCAGAAGAUUAAAGUGUGGUUCAGCGAUUACUUCAAUAUCAGUGACACAGUUGCCAUUGUCACUUUCUUCAUUGGGUUUGCGUUAAGAUUUGGAGCAAAGGGGAAUUUUGGUGAAAACACUUACAGAGAAAAUUAUGUCUUUGUUGCUGGAAGAAUAACAUACUGUCUCAAUAUAAUUUUUUGGUAUGUGCGAUUACUGGAUUUUCUAGCUGUAAAUCAACAGGCUGGCCCUUAUGUUAUGAUGAUUGGGAAAAUGGUGGCCAACAUGUUUUACAUUGUGGUGAUUAUGGCACUGGUACUGCUUAGUUUUGGUGUUCCCAGGAAGGCAAUAUUGUAUCCUGACGAGGCACCCUCUUGGACUCUUGCUAGAGAUAUUGUGUUUCAUCCAUACUGGAUGAUUUUUGGUGAAGUGUAUGCCUAUGAAAUUGAUGUAUGUGCAAAUAAUUCUGAUGAAAAAGUUGCUCAUCUCUGUGGCCCAGGAACAUGGUUGACCCCGUUUCUUCAAGCUGUCUACCUCUUUGUACAAUACAUAAUUAUGGUUAAUCUCCUUAUUGCAUUUUUCAACAACGUGUAUUUACAAGUCAAGGCAAUUUCAAACAUUGUGUGGAAGUAUCAACGCUAUCAUUUCAUUAUGGCCUACCAUGAAAAACCUGUUCUGCCUCCACCACUUAUUAUUCUGAGCCACAUGGCUUCCCUGUUCUGUUGUAUAUGUAAAAGAAGAAAGACAGACAAGACUUCAGAUGGGCCAAAACUCUUCCUGACAGAAGAAGAUCAAAAGAAACUUCAUGAUUUUGAAGAGCUCUGUGUUGAGAUGUAUUUUAAUGAAAAGGAUGACAAAUUUCAUUCUGGAAGUGAGGAGAGGAUUCGAGUCACAUUUGAACGGGUGGAACAAAUGUGCAUUCAGAUAAAGGAAGUUGGUGAUCGUGUCAACUACAUAAAGCGGUCGUUGCAGUCUUUAGAUUCACAGAUUGGCCACCUACAGGAUCUCUCUGCUUUAACUGUGGAUACUCUGAAAACACUGACUGCACAGAAAGCUUCAGAAGCUAGCAAGGUUCAUAAUGAAAUCACACGAGAAUUGAGCAUUUCAAAACACUUGGCACAAAACCUCAUUGAGGAUGGCUCCCUAAGAUCUUCUGUGUGGAAAAAGCACAGCAUUGGAAAUGUCUUUGGUUCUUUUUCACAAGGAGGCCUUGAAAGUAAUAAUCCUUUACUAUGUAACAUUUCUAUACGAGAUGAAAAAGAAGCCCAGCGUAAGACCAUUGGUCAGGAGUUAGCUCCAGUUCCCCGAAGAGAAGAAACAAACUUUCAAGAGGCAGGUUCCUCAGGCAGUGCCUUAUUUUCAAGUGCUGUUUCCCCUCCAGAACUCCGCCAACGAGUACAGGCUGCAGAGAUCUCAAAAUCCAUUAGUAAAAGUAAAAAAUUAGGCAAUUCAUCCAACAGCAUGCCACAUGUAACAUCCCCAACAGCUAAAUUUUUUGUUAGCACUCCAUCUCGGCCCAGUUGCAAAGGUCAGCUGGAUUCUUCAGCAAAGCAUGAAGAGACUGUUUUCUCUAAGGCUACAGAAGGAGAUAAUAAUGUAGAAUUUGGUGCAUUUGUGGGUAAGUAUAAAAAAGUAGAUUCUGAAUGUCCUGAAGUCAUUAUUAGCUGCUCUUAUCCUCUUGCUUCUGGCUCUGCUUGCCUUGCUUUCACCCAACCUUGUGUUGAAAAUGGAGGAUACAUUAAUUGUGGUUUUAUUCAUGAUGAGAGUGACACUAAUGAUAACUGCAGCUGCAGAGUUGACAAAUGUGAUCACCAGUCCUCUGUCAACUUAUGGAAGAACAACCCCCAAACGAAGUUCUGUUUGUCAACUGGCGACUUGACAUCAACAGUCAACUGUGGUGGCUCACAUGGAAAAUUGAAUAUUAAAGAUGAACUUUCCAAAAGUCAGCAUGUCCAUGCAAUGGAACUACAAACCCAAGAUUUAUGUUCUAACAUCCUUAUGGGACUACUUCAUAAACUGUGGACCAAAUCUAAGCCACAAGGUCACAGAGACAGCAUGGAGUUACAGCGGUUUAAAGAGGCAACAAGCAAAAUUAAGGAAAGAAGUGCUGAUAUUGAGGAACAACAGGAAGACUUCAAAAAAGCUAUAUUGGAGGGUAUAGAGACAACCAGACUUCAAGGUCUUCAAACUGACAGUGGUCUAAGACAAUCCAGCUCUUGUGGUGGGUUUGCUGACCCUCUGGCAGGCCAUUCAGAACAAUUAUAUAGCAAGAGUAGAAGAGCAUCAAGUGAAGACCCUCAGCAAGUAGACUCCAAAGCAGCGUUACUGACGGAUUGGUUACAAGGUAGACCUUCAAAUGGCAGUCAAAUGCCAUCUGAAGAAGAUGCGUUGAAUGGUAUUGCUUCUCCUUUCAAGCCAAUCAUGGAUAUCAAUUACUAUUACUCAGCUGUAGAAAGAAAUAACUUGAUGAGGUUAUCACAGAGCAUUCCAUUCACUCCUGUGCCUCCGAGAGGUGAACCAGUCACUGUCUAUCGCCUUGAAGAAAGUUCUCCUAGCAUCCUGAACAACAGCAUGUCUUCCUGGUCACAGCUAGGACUCUGUGCUAAAAUCGAGUUUUUAAGUAAAGAGGAGAUGGGAGGAGGUUUGCGUCGAGCUCUAAAAGUAGUGUGCACGUGGUCAGAAUAUGAUAUCCUGAAAUCAGGACACCUUUAUAUCAUCAAGUCUUUUCUUCCUGAAGUUGUGAAUACUUGGUCAAGCAUUUAUAAGGAGGACACAGUGUUACACUUGUGCUUGAGAGAAAUUCAACAGCAGAGGGCAGCACAGAAGCUCACCUUUGCUUUCAAUCAAAUGAAGCCUAAAUCCAUUCCAUACUCUCCAAGGUUCCUGGAAGUUUUCCUGUUGUAUUGCCACUCUGCUGGCCAGUGGUUUGCAGUUGAGGAGUGCAUGACUGGAGAGUUUAGAAAAUACAACAACAAUAAUGGUGAUGAAAUAAUCCCAACUAACAUGCUGGAGGAGGUUAUGUUGGCCUUCAGCCAUUGGUCGUAUGAAUAUACCAGAGGAGAACUGUUGGUACUAGAUCUGCAAGGUGUUGGUGAAAAUUUGACAGAUCCCUCUGUGAUAAAAGCUGGAGAAAAAAGGUCACAUGAUAUGGUGUUUGGUCCGGCCAAUUUGGGAGAGGAUGCAAUAAAAAACUUCAGAGCCAAGCAUCACUGUAAUUCCUGCUGCAGGAAGCUUAAACUUCCUGAUCUGAAGAGGAAUGAUUACACACCUGACAAGAUCAUAUUUCCUCAGGAUGAUUCCCCUGAAUUGACAAUUCAGCCUGGAAGCUGCACCAAAGAAUCCGAUUCAGCUCAUUCUAUUCGUCUGAUGCUCUAAUGAUGUGACCAAAUCAGUGGCUUCAUCCAAACUUCAUGAAGUGUCACAGUUGUAACUUAUUUUUCCUUCACUACUUAAAAGAAAGAUAUGUCAAAACAAGCAUUGCUGUCUUAAGUCAAAUUUUGGCUGGUUCAUAAUCUAAGGACCUAACAACUUGUGAUAACCAUCUACAGAGAACAGCUUGGCGGCUCAUCAUUUUAAAGGUUGAAUAAUGACAAGUAUUUAAGAUGUUUUUAAAGGGGCUUUUUAGCAGAAGGUAUUGUGUUUUUUGGUUGUGUGGGGUUUUUUGUUUGUUGUUUGGGUUUUUUUGUUUGUUUAGAGGAGGAGUUUCUCUCUGUAGUCCCUGUGGUGUGCAAUAUGCCUUCAACCAAAAAGGGUUUUGGUAGUUGAUGUCUUAAGGUGAAGCAUUUGUCUGUUUGGCAGGCAUCUUACUGUCAAUCAGCAAAAGACAAGAAAGCACCUACCUCUGUAGUGCCAGAGUAUUCUUUGAGCAUUUUUGGAAGUGUUCCACUAAUGUUUUCUCACCAGGUGUCUUUUAAUCUGGCCUUUUAAAGAGGACAGAGCCAAAUAAGGUGUGUGUAUGUCAGUAGGCCGAGGCUGAAGGUAGGAACUUGAUCUGUUGCAGUGGAGAGAGAGUGUCCCCUGAAUCAGGAUUCAGCUUCAUGGCUGGAAAGCUGUUUGUUUGUUUUUGUUUUGUGGUGGUUUGUUUUGGUUUUGUGGAAUAGAGCCCUAAUUGUGCAUAAUGAAAUUUCUCGUUUUAUACAUUUCAAUUUUAUCAAGUCACCAUCAACUAGUAACAAAGCCAUGAUAGACUGGUAUAAUCAUAUUUAAUAGAAGAAAUAGUGUGUACUGGUCCAAAUAAGUUGCCUUGUAAGAACACAAGUUGGAAGUGCUUUCCCUCGUAUGUAGUGACUGCUUCAGAAGUUAUGCCUUCCAAAGAUCCUGUAAAACCAGUAUAUCAAAACCCGAAUGUACACAUAACUUUUAAAUGUAUUUAAAAUUGUGUAGAAAACAUCUUUAAUGUUAUGUUAUUUGUGGUACUUAUUUAAGAGAGACUAGGGUUGGAUUAGCAUUAUGUAAAGUACGGGAGAUUGCAAUGCACCUUCAUGCCAAUAAAAUGUAAUUUAACUGUCCCAAAUAUUGUUGAGCAUUCAGCAAGAAAAACUCUUGUCCAACUGAAGUUUCAUGCUGCGAUUUUUUUUUUUUUUGUUACAUAGGUACUAAUUUGUAAUUUUUAAUUAAAAGGGCAGUAUAUAGCUCUAUAAAUUUUUUUAUUCCGUAGUGUAUCUUAUAGAUACAGACCUAAGGCACGAACACAAUAGCUGUUUAAAUGGUGUUUUAUGUUUGACGGGGAAAGGUAAAAUGUUAUAAGGAUAUAAUACUGUAUACAUUUUGUAUAUCAUUAAAUCUUUAAAGAAUCUAAAAUAAAUUUAUUCUUGUUUACAGA